GAUUCAUGCUACCUAGUUAUCAAGCUAGCCUGCUAUCACCUCGGUCUCUUUAAACUUAACAGUACUACAUGGAUAGGCAGUGAAUAUAUUUGCCAACGUUACAGCUGCUAAGAAGCGGAAGCCAUAACCUUGACAUAGUGAGAUAUAUUAUGUAUUUAUUCUGCUAAAGUGGCAAUCAACAUAUCAAUACAACCUGCAGAUACAUUGCUCGGGGGAGUUACAAAGUGACCGUUCACAGACAAUCGGAGGUUAGCUAGCUAGCUAUAUUGUCAAUUCUCGUGUUGAAUGUCAGCUGCCUGUCCAUUGUAUGUGCGGUAAUAACAUGUCAGCGCCGCUUCCUGCCAUUGUACCAGCCGCACGGAAAGCCACUGCAGCGGUUAUAUUUCUACAUGGAUUGGGAGACACGGGACACAGCUGGGCAGAGGCCCUUGCCGGGAUAAGGACUCCUCAUGUGAAGUACAUUUGUCCUCACGCGCCAAUUAUGCCAGUUACACUGAACAUGAACAUGGCAAUGCCCUCUUGGUUUGAUAUAAUUGGCCUAAGCCCUGAUGCAGAUGAAGAUGAGUCUGGUAUAAAACAGGCAGCAGAAAACAUUAAAGCACUGAUUGACCAAGAAGUCAAGAAUGGAAUACCUUCUCACAGAAUUGUCCUGGGUGGAUUUUCACAGGGAGGGGCAUUGUCUUUGUACACUGCUCUUACAACUCAGCAGAAGCUGGCAGGUGUGGUGGCUCUCAGCUGCUGGCUUCCACUGCGGAGUUCAUUCCCCCAGGCAGCAGCCAACAGCUGCAAUAAAGACAUGCACGUUCUGCAGUGCCAUGGAGAGGCUGACCCCCUCGUACCUCUGGUGUUUGGCUGCCUAACUGUGGAAAAGUUAAAAAGUGUUGUUAAUCCAACCAAUGUCAACUUCAAGACCUAUCCUAGAAUGCCACACAGUUCCUGUCCUCAGGAAAUGGUGGAUAUCAAACAGUUUAUUGAAAAGCAGCUACCUCCAAUCAAUUAACUUCACAACAGUGGCCUUUUAACCAUACACCAGCACCAGCUCUGACUGAACCUGAAUCCUUCAGAAGCUCUUAGAUCCUCUAGAUCACAAAAACGCAUUUGGUCAACGCCUGCUGUAUUGUAUGUACUACAUUUUGCCUGUCAUACAGAUACACAAACUUGCGGCUUAGGGGAGGCUGUAAGAAAAGAAAUACCAUUUCAUGGUCUUUUAAACUAUGGGAGAGCUGCAAGGAGUCUUCAGUAUUUGAAUGGCUAGUGUUGUGCUGCAACUGUUGUGGAUGUAACUAUUAACUAUUAAAAAGCCAUUUCUUCCAGGUAAUAAAUGCAUUUGAUUAUCUAAUAUUGUCCAGUUUGGAAAUGUUACUCUUAAUUUAUGUGAAUUUACA